AUGCUGCGCGGGUUCAACGACCAGGGCAACGUGCGAGGCGACGCAAUCAUCAUGGACUCCCAUUACCGGCAAGUGAAGCAAGUGUUCGCCAGCGGCGUCGCCACCUCGUGCGACCUCCACGAGUUCACCACCGCCAACGCCGGGACGACGGCGCUCGUCACCCAGUACCGGCGCCGGCCGUAUGACCUGCCGGGCAGAGGGCUGGUGUGGCUUCUGGAGGGCGUGUUCCAGGAGCUCGACAUCGAGUCUGGUCGCGUCCUUUUUGAGUGGAAGUCGUUGGAUCACGUCGCUCCGUUCGAAAGCGUACUCACCCCAAAGCAAGCGACGCGGUCUCUUCCAUGGGAUUAUUUCCACCUGAACUCUGUCGAGAAGAUGCCCGACGGAAACUAUCUCGUCUCAUCGAGACACACCUCGACCAUCUUCAAGAUAUCCGCUCGCGACGGCACCAUCAUGUGGCGCCUCGGUGGACCGCUUUCCUCCUUUGAACCUAUGGACCCCCCGCUCCUCUUCCAACACCACGCUCGGGUCCUGGCGGAGGACGGGGAAACCACCAGAUUGUCGGUUUUCGACAAUGGCCGACGUCCCGCGAUGAAACCCGAGAGACCGUCAGCCGGUGUGAUUCUCCAGCUCAACCACAAAUCCAAAACGGUGCUGGUAGAACGCCGAUACUCCGGUCCGGGAGUGCAAUACAUCAUCAAGGUCGCCGGCAGCACCCUCGUUCUCCCGAACCAGAACGUCCUCGUCGGCUUCGGGGACUCGGCCUGCUUCACAGAGUACACCAGCAACGGCACGCUUGCCCUCAAGGCUUGCCUUAAAGAUGACACGAGAGGGACACUGUAUCGCGCCUACAAAUCUCCCUGGAUCGGCCGGCCGCUGUCCGACGUCGCGCUGGUCUCCUUCUCACGCACGAAUCUAUCUUCAACGGCCUUCUACGUGAGCUGGAACGGGGCCACCGAGGUGCGGCAGUGGCGCGUGCUUGGGGCCUCGAGCCAGAGCGGACCUUUCGAGGAGGUAUCGCUCGUGGCAAAGGGAGGGUUCGAGACGACCAUCUCCACGGACAAACACUACGCCGCCGCGUAUGUCGAGGCACUUUCGGCGGAGGGAGAAGUCCUCGGGAAGUCGGCCGUGGCCGCGACGCUCGUACCCAGCGAGGCCAACGGGCCUCACUGUGACGACUUUUGGUGCAUCGAGUCAUCGCCCUGCCCCAUCGCGGUCGAGACUGGAUCUGCCGUUGGGGUGCCCUCUCCACUACACGUGGUGGGUGAUUGGCAACAUGUGCCUUUCGCGCAAGGGUUCUUAUUAAACAUGCUGAUCACUCCGCUGCUUUUUGUCUUGUUGAGAUUUGCUCGUCAGAAGUGGAGGGGCGGCUGCGGCAUCGGUCGACGACUUGCUUAA